AUGCUCACACGCAUACAUUGGCGUAUCACCGCCCCGCCAUUGCGGAGGUACUCGGCCUUACCACAGCAUACACCACCACCACAACCAUCACAGCCGGAGGAACCACAAGACGACGCACCCUCCUCGUCUACCCGACCGCCAUCCUCCUCGUCGUCCAGGUAUACCCACCAACAUGGUAUCGGCCUCCGCAGGACAUCUGUCAUUUCCGACGCGCACCCCGACAGCCCACCUCUGGCGCGUCCUCCACCCACACGAGCUUCCGAAGAUGGCAUCCGUCGGCGACGCGAGUUGCGGCCACGCGACUGGCAACAGCGUAUCAGCCUGCUCCGAAGAGCUCUCCGGAACAGCAACUUCAAACAUGUCAAGGACAGGCUGGACUUGGAAGAGACCUUGCUAGAGACUGAGCCCGGUCUGCAACAGGUGCUCUUGCAGCCGACUGCACUGGAACAGCAUACCAUCUUGAACGAUCUUGUGCGCAAGGGCAAGGUCGAUCUGGCGACCACUGUGCUCUUGGCACUGCUGGCCGACCUGUCUUAUGACAGGCCACCACGCUUUCGCAGCCAGACACUUGCUACUGUCGUCGGAGCGCGCCCACCAGAGAGGCGAUACGCACCCCGACGAACGUUCACCCCAAUCCCAAAGCAUCUGCCCCUCGAGCAACCCACACUCGAAGAGCAACAACCACCGCCCGUUCCCAAACCUCUAAACGACUUGCACGCAGUCGUUCGUCAACUGCAAGCAAUUCACCACCCACGCCCAAGCAUCAUUUAUCACAUUCUCAUCCAGGAGGCUCUCGGGGCUGUCCGGCCCGAUAUUGCUGCUGACGUCUUUGUCGAGCUCGUCGAGGAGUGGAUCAUGGAGGGACGACUGGCAGAGGGCGCCAAGCUGGAGGAUUUCUACGGAAACCACAAGGCGGGCGUCCAUGGCAAGCUGGGAGUGCCAGUGUCCUGGCCACCGCCAAAGGAUGCCGCCGCCAACGAUACCUCGCGGUCGAGCCUACUUGGCAUUUGGUUCAGCGGCGUGCGGACAUGGCGCUUGCCUGGGGAGGCUCUCUCGCUGCACGAACGGCUCGAUCUCUGGCACCCAAGAGGCCAUGCCCCAGACCAACGCCCGCGUGGAUUCCCGAUGCCCAUCCCCACCUCGCCACCGAGCCAGGUGCCUGCGCCGUCUCGCCAUCUUCUCGAGCCCAUUCUCAAGUCGCUCUGCCUCGAGGCACGAGAAUGCACCCCUCUAGAGUACGCGACGUCGAUGCGCGCUCUGGCUACACUGGCCAACACGAUCAUGUCCCGCACACUCCCCAUCCCCUCCAUCCCUACCCUCCUCAAGCGUUUUUCGUCGUCGUCCACCCACCCCGCAGUGUACCCGGAGCGCAUGGUGCAGCUGCCCCAAAAGGACGCAUGGGCGUACGCUGCCAGCAACCAGGUGCACAAUGCCCUAGUGUCGCUCAUGUUCUCGCCGCCCAACUUUCGCGCAGCGGCCGCCCUCGAGACCAAGUUUGACCAGGACGAAGCCCUCCCUCCGCCCACUGGUGCGGCCCAGUACGCCCUGCAGGCUCUUGGCUGGCAGUCGUGCAUGGUGCUCGUCCAGUAUGCGUUGGUCCAGAUCAGGCAGCCUCGCAUCCUGACGCGUCUGUUCGAGUACAUGGUCGACAUGUUCCACUGGAAGUCACCCGAGGUCCUCAACAGGAUCCUGUUUGCUGCUCGUAAAUCUGACCCAGAGCUCGCGCAGGCGGUCCAGGAUAAAAUGUUCGGUGGAACUCUGAUCGGAAACCCCACCAAGACGCCACAACCACCCGCCGCUGCUGCUGCUAAAACCAGCGAGGCCAUGGUCGAAACGGUCAUCUACACGCAGCCUGGACGCUCUCUCCCUGGCCCCGGUUCGCCCGAGGAGAUGGCCUACGAAGUGUCCGACUCUACGUUCCGCCGCGCAUUGGCCAGGCUCCCUGAUGUGACUCCCAAUGAGAAAUCGGUCACCGCCCUACUCGUCGACCUGAUGAAUGGCGGACACUAUGGCCAGCUGCGACACGUUGUCACCAUUCUCCUGCCCUUUUUGCGAGUCGGCAAGAGGACGUCAAACGAGGAGAUUCGGCGCAUUGCAAACCUCACUGGCGCCCAGAUUGGAGCGUCGGGACGUAUCCGUUCAACGGACCUGUCGCCCGAGGUAUACACCAUCAUCCUGCAGGCCAUGCUCCGGUGCGAGAACGUUACCUUUGCGCAGCGUGUCUACGACCUGGCAACGUGGCACCGCAAAGACGACUUCACCAAAGCCAGGACAGAAAACCUCGCGCGGAGCCGAGGACGCGUCGACGCAGAUGACGAACUCGCCGCUGCUGAAGCCGACAAGGACGAACCGACCAACCCGUUGGACCGGUUCUUCCCCACCGACUUUUACACGUCGAUGCUCUCGAUCCUCGCGAUUGAAGCCUGUCACCCGGGCCCGCGAAUCCCUGGCUGGAGGCUGCCGUCGUACAUCAGUUUUCACCCAGCGGACAACAGUGCAGCAGCACACGUCAUGGGUUGGGAGGUGUACAAGCGUGCCCGCGUCAUGUGGCGCCAGACUGCCAGCCUGCCAAACACGUCUGCGGCCUUUCAGCCCAACGAGGACUUUUUCUCAGCGGCCGUUGCGUGCUUUUUCCGUGGCUGGGAGCUGGACUUGGACGGCCCGCCCGCGGCCCCCGACGCGCGCGCCAUGCGCAUCCUCAUCAACGACAUGAGGGAUGCCGGGAUCGAUGUCCCGCCCGACCUGAUCCGCAAAGCGCGUGGAGAGACGUUUGACGGUGUGAGGCGGUACUUUUUCCCGCGCAAGCGAGUGCCCCACUCCAAGUUCCAGUUCCGCCAAGCACGCAUGUCUUCCCCGGCACCCAUGUUCAAGCCCGACGACGUCGAGGCCCUCAAGACGCUCAAGUAUACCAAGCAUGCGGCAUAUGAAGGAAACAGCCGCGGCCAGUACGCGCCCCCUCGGCCGCGCAGCUACACCGGCAUGGCAGAGUACGACCAGUAA